UCCCCGCCCCGGCGCCUCGCCUCCAGCUUCAAGAUGGCGGCCGCCAGUGAGGGGUCCUGCCGGCCGAUCGUCAGGAGUGCCGCUGAGUGAACAUCAGCUUUUCUCCCUCCUGAACCUGGAUUCGACUAGGGGUUGGGAAGGGCAGUGGACGGCCUUGGGGGAGGCCUGACGAGAUUUAUAAAGAACUCUGAAUUCAUGGUGUUUCAUCAUAUAUACGACUGAGAUAUCAAACCUUUUAGUUUAUUACUACCGGACCAAAAAAAUGACAUCUAUUAUCAAAUUGACCACCCUCUCUGGGGUCCAAGAAGAAUCUGCUCUUUGCUAUCUUCUCCAAGUUGAUGAGUUUAGAUUUUUAUUGGACUGUGGCUGGGAUGAGCAUUUUUCUAUGGAUAUUAUAGAUUCCCUGAGGAAACAUGUUCACCAGAUCGAUGCAGUGCUACUGUCUCACCCUGAUCCUCUCCAUCUUGGUGCCCUCCCGUUUGCUGUCGGGAAGCUGGGUCUGAACUGUGCUAUCUAUGCAACCAUUCCUGUUUACAAAAUGGGACAGAUGUUCAUGUAUGAUCUUUAUCAGUCUCGACACAAUACAGAAGACUUUACACUCUUUACAUUAGACGAUGUGGAUGCAGCCUUUGAUAAAAUACAGCAGCUAAAAUUCUCUCAAAUUGUGAAUUUGAAAGGUAAAGGACAUGGCUUGUCUAUCACACCUCUGCCAGCCGGUCAUAUGAUAGGUGGAACAAUAUGGAAAAUAGUCAAAGAUGGAGAAGAAGAAAUUGUUUAUGCAGUUGACUUCAACCACAAGAGGGAGAUCCACUUAAAUGGAUGUUCCCUGGAAAUGUUAAGCAGACCCUCCCUACUUAUCACAGAUUCAUUUAAUGCUACAUAUGUGCAGCCUAGAAGAAAACAGAGAGAUGAGCAACUUCUGACAAAUGUCCUGGAAACACUUCGAGGUGAUGGAAAUGUAUUAAUAGCAGUGGACACAGCAGGCAGAGUUUUGGAACUUGCUCAACUUCUUGAUCAAAUUUGGAGAACUAAAGAUGCAGGAUUGGGUGUUUACUCAUUGGCACUCCUAAAUAAUGUCAGUUAUAAUGUGGUGGAGUUUUCUAAGUCCCAGGUAGAGUGGAUGAGUGACAAAUUGAUGAGAUGUUUUGAAGACAAAAGAAAUAAUCCGUUUCAGUUUCGCCAUCUCUCUUUAUGUCAUGGUCUUUCUGACUUGGCUCGAGUACCUAGCCCCAAAGUUGUACUUGCAAGCCAACCUGACCUGGAAUGUGGAUUUUCAAGGGAUCUCUUUAUUCAGUGGUGUCAGGACCCUAAAAACUCAAUCAUUCUAACUUACAGAACUACUCCUGGGACUUUAGCACGUUUCCUAAUUGAUAAUCCUUCUGAAAAAAUUACGGAAAUAGAGUUGAGGAAACGUGUGAAGCUUGAAGGGAAAGAACUUGAGGAAUACUUGGAAAAAGAAAAACUAAAGAAAGAAGCUGCUAAGAAACUUGAGCAGUCAAAAGAGGCAGAUAUAGAUUCCAGUGAUGAGAGUGACAUUGAGGAAGAUAUUGACCAGCCAUCAGCUCAUAAGACAAAGCAUGACCUGAUGAUGAAAGGUGAAGGUAGUCGGAAAGGAAGUUUCUUCAAACAGGCAAAAAAGUCUUAUCCUAUGUUUCCUGCCCCAGAAGAAAGAAUUAAAUGGGAUGAAUAUGGAGAGAUUAUCAAACCAGAGGAUUUCUUAGUGCCGGAACUUCAAGCUACUGAAGAAGAAAAAAGCAAAUUAGAAUCUGGUUUGACAAAUGGAGAUGAACCCAUGGAUCAAGAUUUAUCUGAUGUCCCUACUAAGUGUAUUUCUACAACAGAAUCUAUUGAAAUAAAAGCUAGGGUUACUUACAUAGACUAUGAAGGACGCUCUGAUGGGGAUUCCAUUAAAAAAAUCAUUAAUCAGAUGAAGCCACGACAGUUGAUCAUUGUCCAUGGCCCACCAGAGGCCAGUCAAGAUCUGGCAGAGUGCUGCCGUGCGUUUGGUGGAAAAGAUAUUAAAGUGUACAUGCCAAAGCUACAUGAAACAGUUGAUGCCACUAGUGAAACACACAUCUACCAGGUGAGAUUAAAAGACUCUCUUGUCAGCUCCCUUCAGUUUUGUAAGGCAAAAGAUGCUGAAUUAGCUUGGAUAGAUGGUGUCUUAGACAUGAGAGUUUCCAAAGUGGACACAGGCGUUAUUUUAGAAGAAGGAGAGCUGAAGGAUGAUGGAGAAGACUCAGAAAUGCAAGUAGAUGCCCCUUCAGAUUCUAGCGUUAUAGCGCAACAAAAGGCCAUGAAAAGUCUGUUUGGAGAUGAUGAGAAAGAAACAGGUGAAGAAAGUGAAAUCAUUCCAACUUUGGAACCCUUGCCACCCCAUGAGGUUCCUGGACAUCAGUCAGUUUUUAUGAACGAACCAAGAUUAUCAGACUUCAAGCAAGUUCUUUUACGGGAGGGGAUUCAAGCUGAAUUUGUAGGAGGUGUGCUUGUUUGCAACAAUCAAGUAGCAGUCCGUAGAACUGAAACUGGACGCAUCGGAUUGGAAGGCUGCCUUUGUCAAGAUUUUUAUAGAAUAAGAGACCUUUUAUAUGAACAAUAUGCCAUUGUGUAAAGGACAUGAUGUCAAGAAGUAUCUGCUUGACCUUUCUAAGAAAAAAGGAUUCUUACCGUAUUCUAAGCUUUUACUGUUUUGUUUUGUAACACAUGAAAAGAAUCUGCCAGAAAAACUUACAUGUAUUAGAUUUUUAAAAUGUAAAUAUUAAUAGAGAACAUUUUGCUAAUGCUCAGAUGAGCACUAGAUAGCUUUUGGCUUUCAGAGUGAUAGCGCUCCUAGCAAGUAUACAGGCCCAAGAAUUGAAGGUGAUUGGUUUCCUUUACAGACCCCUUAUUCUAGAAGGGCUUUUUACUUGAAUAAAACAAUGCAACUUAGCAAACCAGUUCAUGGCCUUAGAGAAAUAUGUUUGCAUGAGUUUUUGCAAACUGUUUCUUAUAUUUUCUGGAAUGGAAAGUGAGAAUUAUUUAGAAAAAUUAUGCUACAAAAAAACAAAACAGAUACAACAGUUUUUUGACACUUAUUUAAAAAAAUAACAACAAAAAAAAAUACAUGCUAUGACUCUUCUAAUUUGAAUAUGCAAUUGUUUUGACAUGGAGCAUAUCUGCUCCAUGCUCGUAUUUCCUAAUGAUUCACUCUGAAGUAAGGUAGUACACAUUUGGUUCAGAAAUCCAUUUUUCUUUCUCCUAUUUCUUGUUUUAUUAUGAUUUUGUUUUUCAGUUUGAAUUAUGAUACCAUCAUUUGAAUGUACAUAAUUCAGAAGAACUCCAUGAUGUGUUAAAGUCUUAAGGGCUCUGCAUAGCAUACAUUUUAGACAAAUCUUAACCCUCAGCUAGGUUACUGUAUUGUUUAGUGCUCAGUUUUUAAGACUACAAAUAUUGAACCUCACGUUUUUUAUAAGGUAACGGUAUAAUUUAAUUAAAAUGUGUAAAUGUUUUCAUCUCUUAGGCUUGUGCUCUCUUAAGGUUACCCAAGUAGUAGUUGGAUUUUAUACACAUUACUACAAAAAUAAUGCUGAAGUUGGAUAAGGUUUUGCUUUCUGUGUUCAUGUCUUUCUUGUGGCCAACCAUCCUGAUAUAUUAUAAACCACUUGUGUUCAAGAGUAAAAACAAUACAUGGAAUUUUUAUUGAACUAAGCAAUGAAAACCAUGUCGUUCUAUUGUAAUUUGUUGAUAAUUUUUUAGAAAGUACCUUAAUCAUGGCAGGCUUUGGUGUUUAUUUCGCAAGUAUAUAGGCUUCCUUUUUACACUUAGCAUUUUUAGGACGAUCAGUCUUCUUGUUUAACUUAUAUGGAACUAUGUAUGGUACAACCCAGUGAUAUCAGACUAGAAUUAAUAUUUCAUUCUAUUUCAAAUGCUUACAAAGCCUCUAUUGUGGAUUAUAGUGCUAAUGCAAAGUUUACAGCCUUCUGAUACUGAAAAGCAGAUAUAUAAAACGAUGUUACGAAAGAUGAAUAUAAAGAGUAUAUUUUCUUUUUAGUGCUUUGAAAAAAUUUCACUUAAACCCUUAUUACUGUAUGGAGUCAGCCUAUAAUCCUAUUUAUAUUCUAGAGGCAAGAAAAUCUGCAUUUGUUUCAUGGCUUAAAGCAUCUGGUUAUACAUAUUACAUUGUACUAGCAAUAUUGAAAAAUUAUUUCUUGCCUAGCCUUUUUAUUGUCCUAUGAACAGGAAUUAAAUUUUAAAGUACUGCUUGAAGAUGGUAAUGCUAAAUAAUGUCAUUGCAGGAGUAAUACUUGUACCUGUUUCUAGAUGACAAUAUUACCAAAAUUUCUAACAUGAAGACUUAGCUUCAGUUACUUAAGAAACAUGAAAACUUAGUUUCAGUUACUUAAGAAAAAUACAAAUUUUAAAAACGACUGUGAAAGAAAUCUGAACUCAGAGAAACUUUCAGACCUUUAUUGUUUAGAAGCAAGAAUAAGUGCAACAUGUAGACUAUCAUCUGAUUAGCAAAUUAUUUGGUUAAAAAAUUUUAUUGUAGUAUUUGUUACAGUGGGAUUAUUAAUGUCAGAUGUCAUUGCAAACCUUUCUGUAUUUUCAUGAAUCUCUAGGUGGCCUGAAACAGGUAAGGAAGUCAAUUUUCUAAGGUGGGCAAUUCACCCUUUUUUUUUUUUUUUAAUAAAGAUACAAUUCA